AUGCUGGCGCUGCCCGCCGUCAUCGCCAUAGCCGCUUGCGGCGCGGCCAUCUUCAUUGCCCUCUCGGUGGUCAGCAUUAUUGUCUGGGUCAGGUAUCGCAAAGAGCGCCAUACAAUGAGGCUGAUAGGCCUCACCCAGAGACAAGGAUGGAGCAAUGGGGGCUUGCGAUCUGCCCCGGUGGACACCUUGACUGAACUGAGCCGGGCAGAAGGGAGCAUAUUAAGAGCGCAUGGGCAGCUUCCAUAUGGUAAACCGUCAGAAUGGGGACAAUUAACGUCGAGAGAAAGUUUGCAUCGUCCGAAAAGCGACUCGGAAUCAUCUUUUGUAUUCACUGAGAAAGCACGAUCUCUCCGCAAUUCCCUUUCUCGAUCUCGUUCCAGGCGCUUAUCACGAUCAUCCCAUAAACGCAUGAGCUCGUUAGCUACGUUGAGUGAAUCACAACAUCUUCCUAGUCCGCCACCUAAAGCAUCAACAUCAAUAUCAAAACAGGACGUCCCACUUUCGGCUGUCGAGGGAGUUUUGGAAUUGCCAGCAGAGAGAACUCCAGCGCAAACACCAGAUCCCAACGAAGAUGAUACUGGAUUCCAUCUAGGUAUGAAGCCUGUCUCACCUGGAUGGCCUCUUCCGGCACGAGAGCGGUCAAGUCUAUUUCCUGUUUUGAAAGACCGUAACUCGUCUAGCGUGUUUGAUCCAACCGAAGAAUCUCCUACUCGUCUUCGUGGGGGAAGUAUUGCUAGUCAAACUGCCGGGAUGAUGCCCGGUCACCCGGUACCUCCUCCCCCACCAACUGCAUAUCCCCCAGAGAGAUUUAGUUACGCUAGGAAUGACUCCGUGAUGAGACUUUCCUCCAUGAGUCUUGAUACUACCAAUAGCUCAAUUUUGGAUGACGGUAGAAAUGGUCCUAGGUCGGCUGACACGGAUCUGACCUCACCCGUCUUCUCCUCAGGCACGUUUGUGCCUUUCAGUGCUGCAGACGUUGGAGUCAAAGAUGGUCGGAGGAGUUUCAUUGCCACGAAUACUUCCAUUCCUCCUAUGCACAACUUCCCUGUCCGCUCCUCCUCGACAACUGAAACUCGUCAUAAGUCUGCCUCCUUGUCACCUCGAAGAAGUUUGACAACUCACCACUCCGGCCUCUCCAGCGAUCGUUUUGCUUGUGCCCCACGUCGAACUGACUCCAUGUCUUCGUCUAACCCCCCUUCAAGACAUGCGUCUCUGCGGUCUGGGACUCCAGUGGGGCAUUUGGGAUAUCCAAAUUCAGCCCCGUCAUGGCGAUCAUCAGGCUCUCACAUGCCCUCUGUGCCACAUGUCAAUCAAUUCCAAAGCUGUACGGACUAUGAGAGUGACGAAAUGGUGAACGACCCAUUCUACGUUGGCUCGCCUGGGGGUGGGACUCUGUUCCACCCGGUCAGAUCACCAGGCAGUGCAGGCAAUACUGCUAAGCCACCAAGUCCGAUGCAACGUAGCAGUCUCUCUCUAAAGGGUAAUCUUCCCUCUGCACUCAAGGGUGGAAAUCCACAUCGCAAGGGUCACCGACGUCAAAACUGUGUGCGUAUUUCUAUCCAUCCACCCAUGACGUUUGGGUCAUCGACAUUCUCUCCUACCGUCGAAGAGGAACCAGAAGACUUCGACAAAAUGGAGGAGCUGGAUCUACGCGAGACCACAAUCAAUAACCCACCAAAGCCCUUGCCUUCGCUGCCACCAACUACACGGUCUCCUAUGUCCUCUUCCAGGCGUAGCAAGUACGGCAGUCGACAUGGCAAGCCCGGACUAGGCUCUCUCGGGCCACUAGUCGAGGAGCCACAGCCCCCGAUUGAUGACGACAGCCAUUGCAAGAAGAGAAGCCAUGCUCCAUCUGCCAUGGCUGCCAAUAAGCCUCCAUUCGAAAACAGUCGCGCUCUCCCUGAACUGUUCACAUCUCUCCCUUUGUCUCACGGCAACUCACUCACCCACACUCCUUCUCCUGAAAGAGUACCACCUGUAUGGGAACUGUCCGAAACUCCAUUGCCAUCCCACGAGAACUCCCCUGCCAUGGGUAGCCCACGACGCUCAGCCGUAAAGGGGCCUCGCAGCCAACCCGCCGUCAUUCCAGCUCGAAGGCAGUCGACUGGCGCCCCCUUAACCUCCUUCCAUCAUGCAGAUAGUCCUUUGGCCUCGUCCAACCGCCUCCCCCUUGUCAUGAGUAUCACAGGGACAGAAGGUAGUGACUGGCGCAGAUCCACAGACUCACUCCAACGCACGAAAACAGAUGCUACAAAUAGCUCAUCCCGCCGAGAUCGUGUUUCAAUCUCCAGUUUGGACAACGGGCUGGGUCCCAUUGGCGGCUCUUCACUCUACAACACACGCCGGUCCUCAAUAGUCAAAGAUCGCGUCACUAUCUUUGAGGAUUCCAACCAGACCACCUCCCCUCCUAACCUUCACGUGCAGGCCCCAAUUGGGUCGUUCCGCACGCCUGAGUCCUCCCCCAUCCGUGGCAAGAACAGUGUCCCCCGUUCCACGCCAACCAACCAACAAUUACCGCCUCAUAUGUCGAGCCACCAUGCACCCCCGACUCCUACUUCUCCCCGCCGAGGGAUGACUACUCCAACGGGCAAGGGGCUCGGACUUGGAAUUGGAACUGCCACGCCUGCUAGCCUUUAUGACGGCGAUGGGUUCCUACGUGAAUGA